AUGGGCGUCAUUGAUUGGAAUGAGAUGGCCCAGGUGCCCCCAGAGCUGAUACUGCUCCCCGCCUCUGCACCAAUUAGCAUCUAUGCUUUCAGUUACUGGUCCCGCGCCACAGCCGUUCCUAUCAUGAUUCUAAGACAUCACCGGCCCAUAUACCGCAUUGUGGCCGAGGACUUUCUCGACGAACUCUACGUCGACCCUAGCGACAAGCACCUGCACUUUACACCUCCCUUGAGCGCUCUGUGGCGGGACGGCGAAAGAGGAAGAUUCUGCGGCAGCCUCGCUGAUAAGGCAUUGGGGAUCCUAGAGCCAGUGAUAAGACGAGUGCCUGUGGCGAGGCCAUACGCGCUUUCCUGCUGCGUGCGGUAUAUUCUAGACCACUUGGACGCAGGCGGCUACGGCGCUUUCUGGAACUCCAACUUCGCCGCCGUCAUGGCUCUCCGCGCCGAAGGGUUCUCGACAGAGCACCCAGCUAUUCAGCAUCUUCCGACGGCAGUUGAGACAUGCCUGUGGGAAGAUAAUUAUGGGACAAGGAUGCAAGUCACCAUUGGUCCUGUCUGGGACACGGCCCUCAUGGCCAUGGGCUUGCUCGAGACAGGCCGCGCAGAUAGCAGGAUGGACUUGACGGUACGAUGGUUCAAGUCGUGCCAGAUGUUGGAGACACAGGGCGACUACCGCGUCCGCAACCACAAGCUUUUACCGGGAGGAUGGCCAUUUCAAUAUUGCAACAGCCACUAUCCAGACACCGAUGACACACACUUGUGGCGCUUCUCACUAUCAUCAUGCACAAUCCAUCAGACAUUUUUUUCGCAAUCCUGCACUCGCGCCAUUGACUGGUUGCUCGGCAUGCAAUGCUACGACGGCAGCUGGGCCUGUUUCGACUUGGACAACGACCACCGAUAUCUCAAUCUGUUUCCAUUCGGCCAGGGUAAUCAAUUUUAUGACUCCAGCGUACACGAUAUCACAGGUCGUAUUUUGGAGUGCUUGGGUAUGGUUCUGUCUAUCCUGUCCUCCCCGGCCAAAAAGAGCAGCUCUCCACUCCCAGAUCCAUUUGUCUGCCAACGUAUCCAACAAGCAUGCUGCAGAAGCAUUCUGUUCCUGGAAUCGGCACAGGAGCCAGUGGCGGGCAUAUGGGGCAGCCGGUGGCACAUCAACUAUCUGAACGGGACGAGCAGUGUGCUGUGCGGCUUGAUGAGUGUCAAAAGCAUCUUCGAGGACGACAAAGAGAUCAAGGAGGUGAUAUAUGGGAUGAUCGCACGUCCGCUAUCGUGGCUCAAGUCAACACAACACGCAGACGGUGCGUGGGGCGAGGACGCCGCCUCGUAUAGCGAUGCACAAAAGGCCGGACGCGGCGUGAGCACGCCCACGUAG